CCACCACCAUCUCUUCUGCGCAUACAAUGGAGCCUCACCAAGGACACCGAAUCCAAAAGCCUCUAUUCAUGACUCCACAAUCUCGACACUCUGAAAAACAAUCGGUGGUCUCGGUGUUUAGCAACAGCUCGCAGCGAUCAUUUACACCCACACGGAGCUCCAACCUCGCAGAGAAUGCAUCCUCUAGGAAUUUGGCCGACUCUAGCCUCCAUUCAUCCGGUUUCAGGUUCAACACGACAACCUCCCGCGCGGAGUCGCGCAGCCCAAGUUUUCAGGACUCUUCUUCCUUCUACGACACGAAGGGCGGAUUUACAACGAGGCGUCCCAACGUGGAGAUGAAGAAAGAGGACCAUGAUAUCGAUGGAGAAAAACAGUUUUCGCUGCUCGGAAAGCAGCCAGCUCAGAAUUUCCCUACGGAAUAUCGUCAUUCGCCAUUGAAGACGACCACAGAGGAAAUCAGUUCUCGAUCGAGUUUAGCUCUCCUUGAGAGUGAUAUGACCGAAGAGGACCUUAUAAUUUCAAAGAUGACUAGCAAUCAUCGUCAAGCGAAGAUUGAGCUAGCGAAACUGCGGGAGCAAAACACCGAAUUAGAGACCCGACUUACUAUUAAGACUAAACUCGCGGCCGAUCUCACGCGACAGAACACGGAGUUAUCUCGUCAGGCAGCGGACGUCUCUCAUCAGAACUCAGAACUUUCUCGACGCAUUGCUCAACUCAAAUCGACAACCAAGGAAGCAAUUGAUAAGGCGAACAGGAGUUGCGUCGAACUCAGGGAUUCUUAUGAAGCGCUACGAAUUCAAUCCCAAGCGUCAUCAACGUUAGUGAACGAUGCUCGAAAAACCAUGGAAAGUCUUGAAGAGCUUCGGGAUGCCACUCGUACCGGCCUUCAAGUAUAUCUCGACGAUGCGGGGCAUUUGCCCAACUUUGGCGAAACGAGGACAGUUGUACACGAGCUACAGGCUGAACUUGCUCGGACUCAACAGGUGGCCGAUCUCCUGCGUGACAAACUGCAAAACAUGGGUUCUGAGCUGGUAGAUGCCCGGGCACGUGUUACAGAACUAGAGGAACAUUUUGGAACCGACAGAAAGUUGAUUGCUUCAACAACCUCGGAUCUUCAGCGAACCUCCGAGCGUGUUGCAGAUAUGGCCGAGUACCUGAAGCUCCAGAAGCAUGAAACAAUUGAUGUCCUCAGCAAACUUGCGCAGGCGGAGGAUCGGCUAGCUUACGGCCAGUCACGUUUGCAAGAACGCGAUGCUGUGGUACAUUCCAUGCAGCAAGAGAUGGAAUCUAUGAGACAGGAAAUUUCCGAGUUUGAGGAAGCUAUGAAUGAUCGCAAAGCGCAAACUCGGAUCCUACAGAACACUGUAACUUUCCAGGAACAACACAUGAAGGACCUAGAGGGGAGGUUACAGAAGGCUGAAGCAGAGUUGCUGCAUGCGCACAGCAGAACCCGUGACCUUGAAGCGCGUCUGGAAGUCUCGAAAGAUCUCGAGAAAACUCUUGCUCAGCAGAAUGCGCGCCUCACCUCGGAAGGCGAAUCCACAAGGGAGAGGCUCCAGAUUGCUGAAAUACAACUAACGGAUAUCCGGAACCUGGAAAGGGAAUCAUCGGCCCAAAUCGCGAGGCUCGUGUCGGAGCGAGACAUGCUCCUCAACAAACUCAAAGCUGCAGACGCGCAACUGGGAGAUGCGAAGCGAGAAGAGGAGAGCUACCGUGAAAGAUCUGCAGAAACGCGAAUGUCACUGAAGGUUCUUCAGGAACGUUUCGACGACCAAUCCGUUACUCUCAGGCUCACCAAGGAAAGCGUCGGCGACGUUCAGGAUCGUCUAAACUUCGCGAAUAACGCAAUUUCAACCCUGAAUGAAAGCCUGGCGGAGUCAAACAACCGCGCUAAUGUUCUUGAGGAGCGCGAACGCUCGUUGCAGCGUAGGCUCGACGAAGCUAACGUUACUACAGCCGCCGAGCGGGACUUGGUUGGCAGCCUUCGGAAAGAACUUUUAGAACACCAGAUCGACCUUGCCCAACAAAAGGGUAUUCAACGAGCCACAGAACAGAUUGCAGAGCAACGUACUCGGGAGGCCGAGCGACGAAUCCAAGAGCUAAACUCUAAAACUGACUCUCAACGUGACGAGCUGGGUGAGAAGCAACAAGUCAUAUCCGAAUUGACCCAGCGCCUGGCUGUUGCCGAAACUCCAUCCGAUCAGCACGAGCAAGAGCUCCUUUCGCUGAAGACACGCAUUCACGACCUUGAACAAUCCGAGACCCAACUUCUCCAAAGAACGACGAACAUAACUGUCCGCUAUGAACAGAACGACUUGAACGAUAACGAAUGGAUGUUAGUCCAGAGUCUAGCCCAAAAAGCCAGAGAAGUCUUUGAGCGCGAGCUGGUGGAAAAGAACAAUGAUAUUCGAAGGAGAGACAACCUCAUCAAGCAACAUGAAGCUCGUAUCAUGCAAUUAGAGGCUAGUCUGGCUCGUCGCAUUAGGGAAGUUCCACAAGUCGGAAGCUCAAGGGACGAUAAGCAAAAUGAAACGUUCUGGAACGAGCCCCCAUCCGGACACGGGAACCAACAGAGUUCCGGAGUCCAUGGAGCCACGAACCAUUCAGUUGCCAAAGAACCUCGACAUGCCGACCGGCUUCCCCUCGAAACGCUAGCUAAUGAUGAUUCCGAUAUUGGAGAGUUUGACGACGAGAAGGACCAUGCAACGCGGCACGUGAAGCGGACAAUCUCUCUCGAUGACGAGGAAUCGACGAGACCGGCAAGACGACCGAAAAAUUCAAAAUACCCGGAAAUGGAGAAGACCACAGACAAGGCCCCAGGUCCAUCCAAGAAGAAGAUGAACAAGCGACAAAAUCGAUAGUCAGAAAGGAUGGAUUGGACUGCUCCUUUUUCUCGUUGGACUUGUUUGGGCUGAUCCAGUGUAUCAUCAUCGUGCAACAGUAGUUCUUGACCUUUUUAGUUUAGACGCGAGAUUCUUCGCGCGUAUUAAAAAUUCCUGUGCAGAACCUCGCUGUCGGAUUAU